AUGGGUUUUGCUUCGCCAGCCAGCCGCCCUGAGAACCCCUCUCACCGCAGCCGGGACCCCUGCUCGCCAGCUCGCCAUCUCACGGCGGCGGAGGACUCGCGGCGCCGAAAAAGUCAACGCUCGCCCUCAGGGUCGGGAGCGGGGCUGGGCGGGGGCAGGAAGCGGUGUUCCCAGCGCGCCUGCUCACCCUCCGGGCCUCCCCCGCCCGCCGCCGCCCCUCACCCAGUCUUCGGCCUGCGGGGCACAGCAGAGGAGAAGGCCCGGAAACACCGACUCUCACACGGAACUCACCUGCCCGUGAGCUCACAGGGGUGCACAGCCGGGCUAGGGCAACCGCCCGCCUCUUCCCCAUCCGGGGCGCUGGGGGGGUUGCGACAGCGGCCGAGCACUUCCGGGUCCGCCGCCACCUCCGCGGCAAGAGCGCCCUUCCCCGGCCGGGGGCACCGCGAGGCCGCUGCUGCCCCCUCCUGGCUGCUCAGAGGACCUCCGGGCUCCUUUCUAGAGAACCUCCCCAAAGCCAAAGGAAACCCCCAACAGAGACUGAAGGAAAUCCCCAACAGAGACAGGAGAGCUUCUGUUCCAAAAUUUGACAAGGUUCCUUGGCUUAGCAAGGCCAGCUUCAUAAACAAGCCAUUAGUGCUUAGCCUCCCCAAAAGAUCUCCUCAUUCGUCUGCCACUUUUCUGAUUUCAUCCAAGAAGGAUAUGAAUUUGCCAAUUGUGUUUCAAGUUCCAGAUGUUUUAUCUAAGGUACAACCAAGAAUUCCAGUAAUCCCAAAUGAUCUGAAAAUAUCCCGUGAGAAUUUUAUGAGUCACAGAAUGAUGAGUCUUCAUCAACCCAAAGCCCAGACUGUACCCAAACCUUCCUGUGACGACAUCCUAACAGAGAGCACUCACUGCAGACUGCCCAUUCUGGGCCCCAGGACAGCUGUCUUCUGUGAACUGCUGGCAGACACCUACAAAACUCUACAGGAGACACAACACUCUUCCUUGCCCAGGAAGGAACGAGUGGGCAAGGCAACGAGGCAGUGA